UUCUCAGGGUCAACGUCUUGUCAUGACGCUGUUAUGAGACUGAGCUUUUCGACGCUGUAAUACGUUCAAGCCAUAGUUAAAAAUGAGGAUCUUUAUUAGAAUUCAACCGAUCUGCCAGAUUUACUUGGAAGAAAUCAUUCCACCAAACUUUAUAUUUGAGUAUGGCUGCGGGAUCGAAUCAGUUCAGUUAGUCAAAAGCGUUUAGUAAUACUGGGGAAUGAUUCGAGUGCAGGAUCAUACAGGUGUGCCAACACAUAGAUUCCGCUUGUUGGCACCACGGGUGAUCACGAGAUCGUGGCAAAACACCAGCACGCAGAAGGGACGCUUGGGAUGCUUCGAGGACGUCGGCUGUAAUCGAAAAAGUUUCCGACCAACUUUCCCUAUUUUAUCUCACGCCCCUGGAUUUUCGGGCCCGCCAUUCUUCUAGGGGUGGCGGGGAGGGAGAAAGAAAGAGAAAGGAAAGACGACACAAUUCAUGAGGUGAAACCUUUCAGCUCUACUGAUAACUUCGUCGAAGCUCGGAAGCCGAAGCUCCCAGGCGCCACCGCCUUUCCAGAGCCCGAAAGCGCCCACUGAGCAUUUGCGCUGGACGCGGGAAGGCUGGGCUUGGAGAGAGAGAGCCCUCCGUUGCUCCCCCUGUGCCCAGCCUGGUCUCAAAGACGUCAUGAGAGGGAGGUAUAAAAUUUCAAGCGAGAGAAACAGAAGCAGGCAGUGCGCCUGGCGAGAAAAGGCAGAGGAGGCGACGGCGAAAGGGGGCCGAGCGGAGCUCGACGGCGGGCGAGAGCGGAACGGCUGAGUCUCGGCGGAAGAAAAGAGGCGGCUUCUACUAGAAACUGGGCAGGCGGGCGACGGCGGAUGAGCUCCGAAAGCCGGUCAGGAGGCACCGCUUGCAGCUUUGCCCGUCCGGCCGCCCGCGCCAAGCUCAGGAGCUCUUGAGAAAAACAGCAAAGGCCAUUCAGGCGCGUCUCUUGAGGGGAGCCGGUCUCGGCGCAGUUCCCACCGGUAUGGCGAGCGACGAAGCAGCAUGAAUGGGCAGCCACAAGUGAGCUCUCGGUCCCUGACACGUGCGCUCUCCGUGGAGUCUCCCCGCCGCCUGCCUCCUCCGGACCUGCCCAGCGGCGCUGCGGGAUUGGGAGCCCGGGCGAGGCGGUGAAGCCAGCAGCUCGGGCCGAUUUGCCACCCCACCCCCGCCCUCAUGGAGAGGAACCCCGGCGGGGCGGAGCGCCCAUCCGCUUCCUCCUCUGCCUCGACGGCGGCCGUCGGUUCUUCCUAGGCUCGGAGUCCAACCCGCUCCCGAGGCCGGCGGGGAGAUCCUUCAUGCCCCUUCUCGCGAAGUGCCAAGGAUCUGCUUGGUCGCCCGCAGCUUUCCUGCGGAGUUUCCCCGCCGCUCUUUCCCCACCUUGCGCCACGCCUGAAGAUGCACUUGCGCGGGACUUUGCUGCUCCUCUCGCUCCUGAGCUUGGCCACCGUCAGCCUGUCGCUCUCCUCCUGCACGACGCUGGACCUGGAGCAUAUCAAGAAGAAGAGGAUAGAGGCCAUCCGGGGCCAAAUCCUGAGCAAGUUGCGCCUAACCAGCCCUCCAGAGAGUGUGGGGCGAAGCCACGUGCCCUAUCAAGUCCUGGCUCUAUAUAACAGCACCCGGGAACUACUGGAGGAGAUGGAAGAGGAGAAGGAGGACAGCUGCUCUCAGGACAACUCGGAGUCCGAGUACUACGCCAAAGAGAUCCACAAGUUUGACAUGAUCCAGGCCUUUCCCGAGCACAAUGAGCUGCCGCUCUGCCCCAAAGGAGUAACAUCCAACAUGUUCCGCUUCAAUGUGUCUUCAGCAGAGACAAACAUCACCAACCUCUUCCGGGCAGAGUUUCGGGUCCUUCGUUUGCCAAACCUCAGCUCCAAACGUUCUGAGCAGCGUAUUGAACUCUUUCAGAUCCUGAAACCUGAUGAGCAUAUUGCAAAGCAGCGGUACCUAAGUGGCCGAAAUGUACUGACACGGGGCUCUCCUGAAUGGCUAUCUUUCGAUGUCACAGAGACUGUCCGUGAAUGGCUUUUGCAUAGAGAAUCUAAUCUAGGACUGGAGAUUAGUGUCCAUUGCCCAUGUAACACCUUUCAAUCCAAUGGUGACAUUCUGGAGAACCUACAUGAGGUGCUGGAGAUCAAAUUCAAAGGGAUAGACGGUGAAGAAAGCCAUGGCCGUGGGGAUUUGGGGAGCCUGAAGAAACAAAAAGAUCUGCAAAACCCCCACCUGAUUCUGAUGAUGCUGCCUCCACAUCGUCUUGGAAGUUCAGCUGUGAGAAGCCAGAGAAAGAAACGAGCAUUGGACACCAAUUUUUGCUUUCGGAAUCUGGAGGAGAACUGCUGUGUACGUCGUCUCUACAUCGAUUUUCGUCAAGAUCUGGGCUGGAAAUGGGUGCAUGAGCCGAAGGGAUACUUUGCUAACUUUUGCUCCGGGCCAUGCCCUUACCUUCGUAGUGCAGAUACUACACACAGCACGGUUCUUGGUUUAUACAAUACUCUGAAUCCUGAAGCAUCUGCUUCCCCCUGUUGUGUUCCUCAGGAUCUGGAUCCCCUGACUAUCUUGUAUUAUGUUGGAAGGACCCCAAAAGUGGAACAGCUGUCUAACAUGGUUGUGAAAUCUUGCAAAUGCAGCUGAAAAGGACCCAAUGCAAUUCCCAGCGCAGAAACAGCAACCACUACCCUUGAUCCCAGAGUAAAACUCAAUCCUAAACCCAUUUCUGCCUUCCUGACUUUAUCACUUUGUUUCCUUAUGAAGUUUUUUUUUCAUCCAUGUAUGGAUAUUUGAGGAAAUGGACACAAGACAAGCUAGAUUUUUAAUGGAUAAAGGCCACCAAAUAAGGAUUUUCCCAAGGAAGAAAUCAUGAGCAGAGCCGGAGCAUGCAGAGUAUAUAGAAAAACUAGACUUCUUUGCCCAUCACUAAUUGUUCCAUCGAGCUCAACCUUUUUUGCAAGAGGAGGAUGGCUGGUUUCCUUUUAACUGGACAUACUUUAUUAGCAUCCAUACCAUAAUGGAAGUCAUUAUUCUGCAGACAGUGAGCAAAGGAAAUUUGUGGUCCAAAUAUGAAUCUUCUCCGUUUUCUCUUUCCUCCUGGAACACCUGCCGGAGGGCUUCUGCCACAGCGGUUGGCUUUGUCCCUCUAUCCCAACCCUGUUCUUUGAUAUCUUCAAAGAAUCUUGAGGCUGUUGUGGUGGUUGAGAUCUUCUUUAAAAAAAAUCUGCCCAUCCUGUACAAGGAUUUAGCCUAGGCCACACCUGCCAAAAUUUUAUACAAAAUGUUAAUCUCAAUAUUGUAAAAAAAUAAAUAUUUUUCUUUUGGA